AGGCUCCAGUAUAUAAAUCAGGCAAAUUCCCCAUUUGAGCAUGAACCUCUGAAAACUGCCGGCAUCUAAGGUCUCCUCCAAGGCCCUCUGCAGGAGUCCAGCCCAUAAUGAAGGUCUUGGCGGCAGGAGUCGUGCCCCUGCUACUGGUUCUGCACUGGAAACACGGGGCAGGGAGCCCCCUUCCCAUCACCCCUGUCAAUGCCACCUGUGCCACACGCCACCCAUGUCACAGCAACCUCAUGAGCCAGAUCAGGAACCAACUGGCGCAGCUCAAUGGCAGUGCCAACGCCCUCUUUAUUCUCUAUUACACAGCCCAGGGGGAGCCAUUUCCCAACAACCUGGACAAGCUGUGCGGCCCCAACGUGACGGACUUCCCACCCUUCCACGCCAAUGGCACGGAGAAGGCCAAGCUGGUGGAGCUAUACCGCAUCAUCACCUACCUUGGCACCUCCCUGGGCAACAUCACCCGGGACCAGAAGAUCCUCAACCCCAACGCCCUCAGCCUCCACAGCAAGCUCAAUGCCACCGCGGACAUCAUGCGAGGCCUCCUCAGCAACGUGCUGUGCCGCCUGUGCAGCAAGUACCAUGUGGCCCACGUGGAUGUGGCCUACGGCCCCGACACCUCAGGCAAGGACGUCUUCCAGAAGAAGAAGCUGGGUUGUCAGCUCCUGGGGAAGUAUAAGCAGGUCAUCGCCGUGGUGGCCCAGGCCUUUUAGGCAGGAGGUCUUGAAGCAUGCCAUGAACUGAGGGAUCUCAGGAGCAGGAUCCAGAUGUGGGGG